AUGCAGACGCAACAGCCCCGUGCUGGCCGGCCUCGGAUGGAGGAACCCGACGCCGACAUCAGCGGCCACGAUGAAGAGAGUUCCCGUCGGGCCCGAAUGCGUCUGGCGCAGCGCAAGUACCGCUCCAAGAAGCACGACGCCCUCGCCGCUGCUGAGCUCAAGGCCACCGCGCUGGAAAGCGCCUUGCGCGGCACCCUCUCCGCCUUUCGCAGUCUGCAGACCUCGCUCCUCCAGCAGCCCGCUGGCCACGUGCCGCUAGAUGUCGCCGUCGCUGUGUCCCAAACGUCGCUCGAAAUCUCCAGCCUCCUGCACAGCAGCGGCGUGCAGGCGCAGGACACGCUGGGCUGCCAGCUGCUCGACUGCGCCCAGACAACGUGCGCACGGCGGGUGCUCUCGGAGCGGCUGACGCGUGCUGUGGCCGAGCUGAACCUGCAAUCGCUGAAAACCGGUGGGCUGGGGUGCUUCACGCCGGAGCUGCUCGCGGGCCUCGACGCGCGGCCCAGCGAGAUGCUGCUGGCGCAGCCGCAGACGCAGACGCCGGGCGCGACCGACAUGGACUACGCCGGACGGUGCAUCCUUCCGCCGCUGUACCGCAAGACGGAGGGCGUGGGCUACACGGUGCUGCGGCUGGCACCGCCUAAGCUGCAGCGGCUGCAAUACGGCCUUACUCGCACGUGGUUCGACACGGACGUGCCGGCGCUCGCGGGCGAGUGGCUCGAGGCUGUCGAUGUGGAGGAGUACCUGGCACAGCGCGGCAUCCACGUCCGCGAUCCGGCGCAAAAGGUCGUCACGCUGCGUCUCGGCGGGAGCGACGCCGAGGGGGACAGCUCGCCGACGUCUGCGCAGCCGUGCUGGGAGCCGGAGCUGCCCGACUGGACCAUCUUUGGCAUGCAGCUCGACGAGCAGCAGGAUGUGCCCCGCGGCUCGCGCGCCGUCGUGGCGACGCCGGAAGGGAUGGGGCAGCUGGCUAUGCCGCCGCAGGGCAAGAUUUCAAUCGAUGUGGACAAGCUGAUUACGGGGCUGUCGCGUCGGAGCAUCUGUCUCGGGCCGGCCCCAGGGAUCCGCAGACAUCAUGUCGACGAAGCGAUACAGGAAGCUAGACUCGGUGUGGGGGAUGAGUUGGGCUGGAGCUUCGCACGGCGCGCUGCGAAAGCAUUCCCCAAUAAACUCAUGCUCCAAGCUCGGCGGUUCAACCUCCACUUCACCACGUUAGGAACAGAGCACCCUUCAGACUUGCCACAAUCCGAGGACGAGUACGAUCUCGGUAAUGCAUCAUUAUCGGCAGGACAUGGUGCUCCCUUGGGAGGAUACAAGAAGCGACGACGACAUUUACGUCCGCCCGCGAUACCGAAAUCGAUACAGAUCAUUGAAGAGGAUGCAGAGUCUAAUGUACUCUUUGCCGCUGAGGUCAUCGACCUGACCAAGGACGAUUCGGAAAGGUUGAUUCAGCACCAUCGCGCCGACGAGACCGAGCUUGACUCGGUGACGGCACCAUGCGGUACUGAAGUCAAGCCUAACAACUGCAUUGCAGUCCGCGACACAUAUUUGGGCGAGCUGAAGAUUGACUUUGUGCGAGUCACGGCCAUCAUUCGCGAUGCCUAUGGGACUAUCCACAUCCGUGGAAUACCAUUCACUAGGCUACGACAUUUGAACGAAAAAGUCCGGGAUAGAGUCAACGAAGUCUGCAUGGUUCUUCACAUCCACCAGCAGCCCGGCCAGAAAGCCGAUCCCCCAGUAUUAGUUGACGUGCUGCCAGACUGCGUUAUUCGCUGGCGAAAACUCAUCCUAACAAAUGCCAGAUAUCCAGCGCACACCGUCGACGUGGACCGAUACGCCCGUCCGCACCGCUCACUGGAGCAGCAAAGGAGAGUGGUUGAGAGAUCAGGGCCCAUUAUCUGCCGAUGGAGCAUCACCAUCAUUUACUCAAUCAACGCCGCGAACAAAACCAAGGCAGAAGAGGAAAUGAUCCAACAUUUACGAAGCGAAGACCUAGUUAGCGAUGAACACCGCGUACCCGACAUUAAAACUUCGGAAUUAUGGCGAGGCCCUCGUAAACGCGGGGGAGCUUGGAACGCGCCGCCAGAAGAAAGACCACUCCAAGCACCGAUAUCACGACGCCCUGAUCAGUCGUAUACACUUUUUGACUCCUUUUCCGGAGCUGGAGGGGUAUCUCGGGGCGCUCAGGACGCAGGCUUUAAGGUACGCGGCAACUUUCCGUACACGUGCCUCUACGAGUGCGAUACUAAGAAGUACGCCGGCAAGAAGUCGCGGAAGCCAGUCGACGUCCUGCACUUGUCGCCGCCGUGCCAAGUCUGGUCGCCUGCACAUACCCAUACCGGUCCCAACGACGCCGCCAACACCGAGGCCCUCUAUACCUGUCGCAACCUCAUUAAGCAGACGCAGCCUCGCAUCGUCACCCUCGAGCAGACUUUUGGUAUCACGCACGCUAAGCACAUUAAACACUUUUGGGCCCUCAUCCGCGACUUUACCGACCUCGGCUACUCGGUCCGAUGGAGCAUCAUCCGACUCUGUACCUGGGGCUCGCCGCAAGACCGGAAACGCCUCAUCUUGAUUGCUUCUGCACCGGGCGAGCGUCUACCGCCGUUUCCCGCCCCGACGCACUCGGAACACGGCCGCAACGGCACGAAGCGGUUUAAUACCGUAGCCAGUACCCUCGCGCGUGUGCGCGCCGAUGACGACCUGCACCGGCCGGAUCAGGUGCAGUCGUUUGACCCGCCUCGCCCGGCGUGGGACGCGCACACCCUCGGCCGCACUAUUACGACCGGCGGUGCCAACGCCUACCACCCGAGCGGGCGUCGCGACUUUACACUCCGCGAGCUGGCCUGCCUACAAGGCUUCCCCGCGACGCACCGCUUCGUUGGUACUAAGACCAAGAUUCGGCGGCAAAUUGGCAACGCGUUCCCGCCCAAUACAGUGUACGUGCUGUACAAGCACCUGCACGAAUGGCUGCUGCGGGAGGACAAUGUAGAUUGCCUGCCGGAUGAGGAUGUCAUGGUCAUUGACGACGAUUCGGAUUCUUCAGGGGCGGAGAGUGUGUAUUUUGACGAGGUGCGACUUUCGCCAGCUAUGGACGAUGUCGUCAUGGGGGACGCUGACGACGAGGUAAUUUUCGUUGGAACAAGGGCGGGGUGUGACGAUGAUUGCUUUGUGGAUUUGACGUAG